UUUUUUUAUUUGUUAUAAAAUAUUCCAAAAUGAUCUAUAAGAUGGAACCCUACAAAAAUGUUUAAAACAAAAUUUUUUUGGAUGUGCUUUGCAAUUAUGACGACAUCGUGGCAUGUGGCGGCCAAAUCAACAACUGUGCAGGACGCCAAGAAAGUCCAAAACAAUUUAAAUCACGCCACUGAAGGAAGAAUCUCUGAAAUUAAGGUCAACGUAUCUCUUUAUGAACACAAACACCUGCAGUUCCACAUAACUUGGACCGACACCUUACCGAAAGAUACAUCAUAUAACAUCAUUGUUAAUGCCGUUAAUCCAUCGGAAUGUCCUGAUCCGCCAUGCAGUUAUUACGGGAUAUCAAAGCCGAAAGGGUCAUUACUAAUACCAGAAAAUCCGGCAACUUAUAUUGAAGUGCAAGAGUGUAACUACAUGUUUGGUUGCAAUUAUUCGUUAACAGUGGAAACAUCGAGCACGUUUAUAGCUAAAUCAACCAAUAUUCAAGUUCCAUAUUGUGUUGAUGGACAUUGCUCAUGUCAACAUUCACCUAAAAUACCGAAAGUAAUUACACGUACGAUCAUAACGGAUUUGGAGUCUGUAGUUUUGGAAUGGAGUAUUUCAUUAAACCCUUGGCACAGCGGAGACGAAAAUGAUAACAUGGAUGAAUCUAAAAUUUAUUUAAAAGUUAGUGAACAAACCAAUCCUUCACUAUCAUGGGGUGGGAAACUUUUACCAAUAGCCGAGAGUAUAUAUACCAUAAAAAACAUGUCGCAACUUUUGAGAACAAACGAUACUCUUCAGGGCAAAAUCUGCAUUAAAUUGCGAGAGGACAAGAAGAAAUUGACACCUAAGGCCGAACUUAUAAUUCAUACUUACGCCAUCGAUAAGUCAGAAUGCAAUGGACCACAAUAUAUCGAAAAAAUUUCAGUACCGUCAUUUAAUGACACCAAGUCAGCUGAAGAAUUCAACACAAAUCAGGAGCAGAUGAAAAUAAUCAUGUUAUUUAUAAUGCUUACUCUGGGUUGUGUUAUUGUAUCGAGUUUAGGAUAUUUUGUAUGGUGCCGCCGUAAACCAGGAAUACGUGAAGAGCUUUCACGCAACAAAGACUACGUGCCCCCAUAUUCUGAUUUCAUUGAAAUGCGUGAUAAUCUAAAUUAUGUGGAUAAAGAUGUGCAGGAAGCACUAGAUGAAGGUAAAUGUGACCAGUAUGAAGUCCCACAUCAUUCACUAAGCUUCGGGCAAGCAAUUGGAGAGGGCGCUUUUGGGCGUGUCUAUAAAGCUACAGCUAACAAUCUAAGAUUCGUACGUGGAUCUAGAAUUGUAGCUGUUAAACAAUUAAAAGAGGAUUCUACACAAGAUGAAGUCAAUGAAUUUUUAGCUGAAAUAAAGACAUUGAAAGAAGUGGGCCAUCAUAGGAACAUUGUUUCUUUUUUCGGCUGCUGCAGUAUUAAACACCCAUAUUUGAUGAUUAUGGAGUAUGUAGGACGAGGGGACUUGUUAUCUUAUUUGCGUAUUGUAAGAAUAGAAGCUUCUAAAGUUAAAGUACGUGAUGCAAAUCAUACGGAACCCAGACCAGAAACAUCGGGGCAAGCUAUUAGAUACAUUGAUGUAAGAAGUUCAAGUCCAAGUUUAUUAAGUACAAGUGACAGUGACAGUGAUAGCGAUGGUGAUGGUGAUCGUAAAGAAGCACGUGCGAGACAGCCAAAGCAAUCAGUUGCAGAAACUGAAUAUACCACAGUUGGCGAUGAAUGUGAAAAAAAUGUUAUCUUUGAAUACAAGUGCGACCAUGAAGAAUUGCAUAAUUUUGCUUUACAAAUUGCCAAUGGAAUGCGUUAUUUAGCACAAAAGAGUGUGACACAUAGGGAUCUGGCAGCUCGUAAUGUAUUAAUAGAUGAACGUAAGGUGUUGAAAAUUUCAGAUUUUGGGUUAUCGCGUCAUGGGGUGUACUCAAACACCAAGCCUAGAAAGCUUCCAAUACGCUGGCUCUCAAUUGAAGCGAUACGUCACAAUAUUUAUUCAACAAAAAGUGAUGUCUGGGCUUACGGGGUCGUACUUUGGGAAAUUGGAACACUUGGCGCAUCACCUUACUUCGAUGUGGAUAAUUGUGAUCUUGUACGAUAUUUAAUGGCAGGAAAUCGCUUGGAAAAGCCUGAGAUUUGCACAGAUCUGGUCUAUAAUUUAAUGUUGCGAUGUUGGCAUGAAAAUCCUGUUGAACGUCCAUCCUUUCAAGAGAUUUAUACGACUCUAUCACCAAAAUCCGCUUAUGUUGACAUACAAAGCAUAAGCGAUGAUUAUGUUUUUCCACCCAUUGCUGAGAAAAUUGAAUCCGACAUUCAUAACUUGAAUGAGGAAGAAGCUGAGUUGUAAUUAAACUUAUAAAAAAAAAACAAAAGUUAAUUUUUAAAUGAAAUUUAGAGAGAAUAACUCAAAGAAAAAAAAAAAAAUUCCAAAUCAAUGGUAUUACUAGUAAAUAAUACUUCAAUGUAGAAAUUUAGCAGAAUGAAAAAAUAUGCAAGCAUUAAAAGGACUUUAAUUAUAGUUUUAUAUAAAAUUCAUUUACUGACAGAUUUAGGUUAAUUAUUUUUAUAUUUUUAUACAAAUAUUGGCUUUAUUGCCGGGACUAUGCUUUUAUAAAGCGUAGUAUAAACUUGGCCUUUAUGCAAAUAUCGCCAAACAAAUUCAUGCACCCGC